UCCACUUGAAUCAGUUCAGAUUCGACACUAUGUUAGUGAAGUUAUUACCGAUCCUUUCAAUAAUUCUGUUUUUGAUAAGAUUGAAUAAAUGUGCACGUAUUCUGGGAGUAUUUCCUUGUGCUUCACCAAGCCAUUACAUACUAGAUAACGCUCUAAUGAGAGGUCUUGCCGAAGCUGGACACGAUGUGACCUUGAUCAGCCCAUUCACCGAAAAAGAUCCUCCGAAAAAUGGCAGUUGGAGGGAAAUCAUUCUUGAUGGAUUCGUAAAAAACCAUGAGAAACAUUUUCAAGAUAUCAAUCGACUCAAGAAUCCUUCGAACCCAUUUUUCAUCUUCUUCACUACGAACUUAUUGGGAAAUCAACUCACUGAAGAAACGAUGAAGAAUCCGAAAGUGCAAAACUUGUUGAUGUCAAACGAAAAGUUCGAUGUUGUAAUAUUAGAAUAUUUUUUCACUGAUGGACUAACUACACUGGCCAAAUAUUUUGAUGCCCAUCUCAUCCUGAUGAGUCCCGUUGCAGCUAACAUGUGGAAUAAUCACGUAGUAGGAAAUCCAUCGCUACCAUCUCUUUAUCCCGACAUAACACUCGGAUAUCCGUUCAAAAUGUCUUUUUAUCAACGCUUUAAAAACACCUUCCAUUUAAUUAACAAUUACAUUAAUUUAAACUUUAUAUUCUAUCCCAAACAGAAUGAAAUUGUUCAGAAAUAUUUACCAAAAUCUAUUGAUAUGAGAGAAAGCAUCAGUAAUAUUUCCUUGAUGUUUUUAAAUUCUCAUGUUAGUUUAUCAAAGCCGCAAGCACAUGUUCCUAACAUGAUAGAAAUUGGUGGUUUUCAUAUUAUGCCACCAAAUAAACUACCCGCCGAUCUUCAGAUUCUUCUGGACAACGCCAAGAAUGGUGUGAUUUAUUUCAGUAUGGGAUCCAAUUUGAAGAGCAAAAAUUUACCAAUUGAAAUGAGAAAUGAAAUCCUUAAAGCUUUCAGAAAAAGAAAGGAAAUCGUUUUAUGGAAAUGGGAGGAUGAUUUUCUGCCCAAUCAACCUUCGAAUGUUUUUUUGAAGAAAUGGCUUCCUCAGCAAGACAUAUUGGCUCACCCUAAUGUGAAAGCUUUCAUUACUCAUGGAGGUUAUCUUAGCAGCUCUGAAGCAGUGUACCAUGGAGUACCGAUAAUAGCAAUUCCCAUAUUUGGUGAUCAGAAAGCCAAUGCCAAUUUAGCAGAGCAGCUGGGUUAUGGACGUAUUUUACCACCAUCAGAAAUAUCUGAAGAGAAACUGACUGCACUCCUAGAUGAAAUCAUUCAUAAUGCAAAAUAUCGUGAAAAUGUUCAGGCCCGAUCUCAAAUCAUGCAUGACAGACAAGUUAAACCCAUAGACACUGCUGUCUAUUGGGUCGAGUAUGUCAUUAGGCAUAAAGGAGCGAGACAUUUGAGAGUUACCUACACAGAUCUUUCCUGGUACCAGUAUUACAUGUUGGAUAUUUUCACAGUAACUUUUGGACUAAUAUUCAUAGCCAUACUCAUUAUUAAAAAAGUUUGGUCAGUUUUUUGCAUGACUAACAAGAGAGUAGUAAAACAAAAACAGUUUUAGUAUAAAUGUUUAAAUAGAUGGUCCAUAAUUUCAUUUUUAAUCAAUAAUCAUUCAUUAUUGUUGAAUUUAGUUUAUACCUAAGUUUAUGAUUUUUGAUCAUAACACUGUUGAAUCCGUCACCUCUUAUGUUUUUUAAAGUUGAAAUAUUAAAGUAUAUUUUCCGACUUCGAAA